AUGUAUGAAAACCAUAGCGUUACUCGACUGCGCAGUGGAGAUAAGCAAAAGGCAAAGCAGAUGCCAAUGUCCCGAGUAUACUGUGCAAAACGUUAUUCCGGCCAUUUGAAAGCGUUCGACAAGGCGGCCAAGUUGCAAGUAAUGAAAGCCUAUGAAAGGAUGCGAUCGCUCAGGUCUCAAGGACUUUCAGAAGAGGAAGCAUGGAACGCUAAUGCUGUUGAACUUAACCGAGCAGCACGAGUUCAUACCAGGCAGUACAUUGCUCGCACGUUCGAUGAACACGUGAAGUCAAUAGUGGACGGACCGUGUCGUGAAGUACUUCGGGAUCUCCUUCAUCUCCAUCUCAACUAUGAACUCUUAGACAUGGCGUACUACCUGCUUGAA